GUGCAGGGCCCCCGGAGGCGCCGGCGGAGCCCUACCGCGACGGCCCCAGGGAGGAGGACGACCCCAAUCUGGCUCCCGGUCCCCAGAGCAGUUGCAGCAGACAGUCAGGCUGCCCAGAAGACUAUUUGGUGGGGGCUCCUGCACCGAGGUGGAAACCCAGCAAAACCUGCUCUUUCUCCCCUGUAUACCCCCGACCUACAAGGCGGCCCACCCAGACCCUCAGAUCCCUGGGUUUGGCGAAUCCUGCUGAGAGUGAGCAGUAGGAGGACUCUCCAAAGCUUCCAGUUUGCCACCUGGGAGAAGGUCACUUUGAUUUGAGCAAAGGAGAUAAUAGGAGGUACCCUGCCGGUGUUCACUACGAAGCUGGGGUGGCAUGAGCCACAGUUGCUCUGGGAGGGUUAUGGCACCUGGGGCUGGGUGGCUCGCCCUAAGCUUGCUCUGACAAAAGAGUUUUGAGUUGGUUUUUUGGAUGAGCCUGCCAAGGAAGGCAGGCUCCUGCAGGAGUCUUGGAGGGUCGGAUGCAGCGCCGGAUGAGGAUGAGGCGUGGCAGAAGAUGCGUUUGGCUCUGCAGACACUGCAUCGGGCAGCAGGGGACUCUGGGAGGCUGGUGCAGCCAGAAGGCAUGGCUCUUGACAGCUUUCUAGUAGAAUCUCUGGAAUUGUGCAUGUUCCCCCCACCUCCAGCCAGUCUGUGCAGACUUGCUGCCUGCUGUGUCACCGGGAACGCAAAGGCUGGGAAGAAGGCCCUUCCCAAAAUGGACUGGUGUUGCAGGGUGAGAAGCUGCCCCCUGACUUCAUGCCAAAGCUCGUCAAGAAUCUCCUAGGCGAGAUGCCUCUAUGGGUCUGCCAGAGUUGCCGAAAGAGCAUGGAGGAAGAUGAAAGGCAGACAGGUCGAGAACAUGCAGUGGCGAUCUCCUUGUCACACACAUCCUGCAAAUCGCAGUCUUGUGGGGGUGACUCUCAUUCCUCUUCGUCCUCCUCUUCAUCGUCCUCAUCCUCGUCCUCCUCCUGCCAUGGGAACUCAGGGGACUGGGAUCCCAGCUCGUUCCUGUCAGCACAUAAGCUCUCGGGCCUCUGGAACUCCCCGCACUCCAGUGGGGCCGUGCCAGGCAGCUCGCUCGGGAGUCCUCCUUCCAUCCCUGGUGAGGUUUUCCCCAUCUCGGAGCACCACCGGCACUCAGACCUCACUGCUCCACCUAACAGCCCCACCGGCCACCACCCCCAACCAGCGCUGCUGAUCCCAUCUCACCCUGGAUCCUUUGGCUCACCACCCCACCCGCACCUGCUGCCCACCACCCCGGCAGCACCUUUCCCUGCCCAGGUUUCAGAAUGCCCUAUUGCCGUGGCUGCUGCCCCCCACACCCCAGGGCCAUGUCAGAGCCCCCACCUUCCCUCCACUAGCAUGCCGCUCCUGAAGAUGCCUCCACCAUUCUCGGGUUGCAGCCACCCCUGUAGUGGGCAUUGCAGCGGGCACUGCAGCGGGCCCCUCCUCCCACCACCCAGCUCUCAGCAGCUCACUAGCACUCACAGCAGGGACCCUGGGUGCAAGGGGCACAAGUUUACCCAUAGUGGCCUGACCUGCCAGCUGCCCCAGCCCUGCGAGGCAGACGAGGGGCUGGGCGAGGAAGAGGACAGCAGCUCAGAGCGUAGCUCCUGCACCUCAUCCUCCACCCACCAGAGAGAUGGGAAGUUCUGUGACUGCUGCUACUGUGAGUUCUUCGGCCACAAUGCGCCACCCGCUGCCCCGACGAGUCGGAAUUAUACCGAGAUCCGAGAGAAGCUCCGCUCAAGGCUGACCAGGCGGAAAGAGGAGCUGCCCAUGAAGGGGGGCGCCCUGGGCGGGAUCCCUGGGGAGCCCGCCGUGGACCACCGAGAUGUGGAUGAGCUGCUGGAAUUCAUCAACAGCACGGAGCCCAAAGUCCCCAACAGCGCCAGGGCCGCCAAGCGGGCCCGGCACAAACUGAAAAAGAAGGAAAAGGAGAAGGCCCAGUUGGCAGCAGAAGCUCUAAAGCAGGCAAAUCGUAGUGUUUCUGGAAGCCGGGAGCUGAGGCCUGCCAGGGAGAGGCUCUUGGAGUGGCCCGAUCGGGAGCUGGAUCGGGUCAACAGCUUUCUGAGCAGCCGUCUACAGGAGAUCAAGAACACUGUCAAGGACUCCAUCCGCGCCAGCUUCAGUGUGUGUGAGCUCAGCAUGAACAGCAAUGGCUUCACUAAAGAGGGGGCUGCUGAGCCAGAGCCUCAGAGUCUAGCCCCCUCAAACCUCAAUGGCUCCUCAGAGCAACGGCCUGACAUUAACCUUGACCUGUCCCCUUUGACUUUGGGCUCCCCUCAGAACCAUAUGUUACACGCUCCAGGCGAGCCAGCCCCACCAUGGGCAGAAAUGAGAAGUCUCCACCCACCAUGGACAGAGGUGAGGGGCCCCCCUCCUGGUAUCAUCCCUGAGAACGGGCUAGUGAGGAGACUCAACACCGUGCCCAACCUGUCCCGGGUGAUCUGGGUCAAGACACCCAAGCCAGGUAACCCUAGCUCUGAGGAGCUAAGUGUAAAGGAGGUCCCUGGUUGCAAGCAGGAGCUGCCUGAGCCUGUGGCCUCAGGUGGCAAGCCACGGAAGGGCAAGAGACAGGGCAGUCAGGCCAAGAAGAGCAAGGUGAGCCCAGCUCCCCAGUCCCCAGCCUGCCUUGAGACUCCCAGUGCCAAGGGCCAGACCCCCAGCCCCAAGCAGCCAAGCAAGGCCCCAGAGCCUCCCAGAGUGGACAGCUGUGCCAAGGCUGGAGAAGGGAGCCAGGGAACCCAACCAGGACCAUUCUGGGCUAGCAGCCCCAAAGCUGACAAGGAGAAGGGCAGCUCCUGGCAAAACUGGCCAGGUGAAGCCAAGGCACGGCCUCUGGAGCAGGAGUCUAUGCAGCCCCCAGGCCCAGCAAGGCCACAGAGCUUGCCACAGGGCAAGGCCCGCAGCCGCCGGAGCCGCAACAAGCAGGAGAAGUCAGCCUCCUCCUUGGACGAUGUGUUCCUGCCCAAGGACAUGGAUGGGGUGGAGAUGGAUGAGACUGACCGGGAGGUGGAGUAUUUCAAGAGGUUCUGUUUGGAUUCUGCAAAGCAAACGCGUCAGAAAGUUGCCGUGAACUGGACCAACUUCAGCCUCAAGAAAACCACUCCCAGCACAGCUCAGUGAGCCCCUGCCAGAUCAAGCUUCUUCAGGGUGUCCUGAGACCCUGACCGCCAGCUGAAGGUCUACACCUUUUUCCUUCACAUCGCCACCCACCUGCCCAAGACCCCCCUCCCUGCCAUCCCGGACCAACCAAAAGCUGAAUAGAUGCCGUGUGUGCUGGGGCCCCUCAGGACCUCCGCAGAACCGCUUCCUGGUGCUACGCAGCCUCCACACUCAGAGCCCAGGGGCUGGGCUGGCCUUUGGGCUUGGGGGCUGAUGGUACUGCUGGCCCAACACUGCUUUCUUUGUGUUUGGUUUUUUGUUUUUGUUCUACUUGUUUUUUCAAUUCUUUUUGAUACUGUGAAGAUCUUUCCUGCCGAAAGAUAAAGCAACAUUUGGACACAGA